AUGGGUUCCCAAUACAGCUCGCACCUCUCGUUCUCUUCCACACCUCGUCUUGUAUGGCAUGCAUACAUCGAAUAUCUAUGGAACCCGCAUCCUGGCUCCUGGGUCAGUCAGGUCGCAUAUUCAUUCCGCAUAUUGGCGUUCCUGCUUAUUCUGCCAGUCGUGAUUCUGACACUGCUGGAUAUCACCUCCUAUGUGAUCGCACGUACUCUCGGCAUUGUUGACGAUGUCAAAGCGUCAACAAGCGACCAGCCUGUUGUGACUCCUGAGGGCACGCCCUCGAUCCUUGUUGAAGAUACGUCAUCCGAGGAAUCGUUCCCCGCGGAGCAAGACAGCUACAUAUCUUCGGUUCAUCGGCAAUAUAAUACCGACAUGAGGAGUGCGGGAGUACAGGAAGAAGAAACGAAGCUCCAUGCAUACUUCACGGGAGAGGAGGAUCUACAGUUGUCUAGUGUUGACGUUCUGUCGCCUUCCCCGUCUCAGCCAUCAUCACCGGUUCUGCCCCACGAGAACCUGCCUGGAGAAGAUGGGGCAAUGAGAAUGGAAGACCCACGUGAUGCACAGGAUGAAGCCAUGAUUCUGCGCCGACGGGGCGCCCAAACGAAAAGUGAUGAUUAA